CUAGCAGAGCGGAGCAGCCGCCUCACUCUCUCUCCUCUAUACGGACUCCAUCCAUCCAUCCAUCUACGCAUCCAGGCAGGCUCACCCUCACGAGCGCAAGCCAGAAACAAGCAGCUGCUCGACAGGCUCCAGGCGAGAUGAGACCUCAGACUGUGUUGUUCCUGUUGCUGCUGGUCAGCAUGGUGGCAACGCUGAGCGCCGCCACGCAGAAUCUGGGCUCCAAGAUAAGAAGCAGAUUUAGUGUCUGGUUGAUGAGCAGAAUGAAAAGACAUUCGGGAAAAGUGCUGGUGGAGAGCAAGAGGGAGCAGCCGGAGCUGCUCGUCAGAGCAGAAGACGCCAAAGACACCUUGAAUGUCCAUUCCAGCACCUCUGACUUCAAUGUCCGGGUCAGGAGGUCCAAAGGAACCUCCAACCAGAGCUGGAGGCAGGGCUGUCCCAUCGCGACCUGCACUGUGCACAUACUAGCACACCGACUCAGCGAGCUCAGCAACCAUCAGAAUGCUAACAGCGCCCCCUUGGAGAAGAUCAGCCCAGGGGGCUACGGCCGGAGACGGCGAGCGCUGGCUGGGGGUCGGCGUCAGGGGGCACCAUUCCUGCAGACAUGAAUUACGGAUUGCCAGUGCAGAGCUGAAAAACAACCCAAUUCCACCACUGAGAAUGUGGAGGAUAGGGGGAGGGGGUACGGGAGGGUUAUUUAUCUUGAGGGCUCAUCACCCUGCAGGAGAGUGGGGGGAUUUGCCCAGGGGAGAGGGUGGGCACAAGGGACUACCCCAUAAGGUGUAGAGGAGCAUCAAUGCCAGAGGACUGUGGGACAUCUACUCCCCCCUCCGAGGAAGGAUUGGACAGCAGGACUCUGGGAUGCUGUCUCUCGCCUCAGGGCUCCGCCCACACAUCAUGUGACAGCCUGGACCUCACUGUCACCUGAUAAGAGUCUCCUUGGAAGGACAAGGCAGACCUUAUAUAGAGACUCCAAAAUGUGCAAUGCAUGUUGGUAAGGGAUCCUGGAGUGAAGCGCAGAAAGCGACCUCCAGGACAUUGUUAUACUUGAACUUAAUAUUUCUGUCAAAGAAUGUGCAAUCUGUCUAUGUAUAUAAAUAUAUUUUAUAUAUUGAUCUUUUAUUGUAUAUAAGAUGAAGUAUAUUAAUAAGUCAUUAUUUAUAUGUUUUAUAUAUGUCACUUGUACUCAUGGAGAACUAUUUUUAUACAUGAAAAAUCUAUAAGGGCAUUGUAUCAUUUGAAGUCUUUUGUUUCCUGGAAACAUUGUUUAAACUUGUGGUAAUCCAAAAAUCAUCAUUGUUCUACUCCAUCCUCUGUAUACGUGGUUUAUCAUAGAUGUGCCAGACAUUAAACUUUUGCUGAAUGAUUGACCUGUA